AGAUCCAAACCCUGUGUUCACUGGAGAGGAAGUUAGUCUGACCUGUUCAGUUGGAUCUGACAGUGUCUGGAGAUAUAAAUGGUACAAAGACAACACUAUGAUUACAGUGUACCAGUCUGAAUACAUUACAUCAGGGAACAACCUCCUCAUCAGUAGUGUUAAAGUGUCUGACCAGGGUUCCUACCGAUGCCAAGGAAACCAACAUGACAGACCCAAAAUUACAUCCUCCAGUAAUCAGGUCACUAUAACUGUACAAGCUCUGCCCUCAGCUACUCUGACAGUAGAUCCAAACCCUGUGUUCACUGGAGAGAAAGUUACUCUGACCUGUUCAGUUGAGUCUGACAGUGACUGGGAAAGAUAUCAGUGGUACAAAGACAACACAGUACAUCAAAGUAUUCUUUCUCAGUAUAGUGGAACCACCCUGACUAUUAAGAGUGUUAAAGAGUCUGACAAAGGUCUCUACUGGUGUCUGGGAAUCAGUAACUCAAGACCCACAUCUUCAUCCAUCAGUAACUAUGUCACUUUAAGUGUUUAUGCUCUGCCCAAAGCUACUCUGAAAUUCCAUCCAACCUCUCCGUUCACUGGAGAGAAAGUUACUCUGACCUGUUCAGUUGGAUCUUACAGAAACUGGAGUUAUAAAUGGUAUAAAGACAGGAGUAAUAAUGCAGUAACUCAGUCUGACAGACAUUCUAUAACAGGAGACACCCUCAUCAUCAGCAGAGUUGAAGAGUCUGACCAGGGUCUCUACUGGUGUCAGGGAGAGAGAACACACAGACCCACAUCUACAUCCAUCAGUGAGUCUGUCUAUAUGUCUGUGAAUGCUCUGCCCAAAGCUACUCUGACAGUAGAUCCAAACCCUGUGUUCACUGGAGAGAAAGUUACUCUGACCUGUUCAGUGGAGUCUGACAGUGACUGGGCAAGAUAUGUGUGGUACAAAGACAACACAUUCUAUCCAAAUAGACUUUCUCAGUAUAGUGGAGCCACCCUGACUAUUAAUAGUGUUAAAGAGUCUGACAGGGGUCUCUACUGGUGUCAGGGAAGACUUAAUUCCAGAGGCACAACUUCAGACACCAGUGAUCAGGUCACUAUUACUGUGUAUGCUCUGCCCAAAGCUACUCUGACAGUAGAUCCAAACCCUGUGUUCACUGGAGAGAAAGUUACUCUGACCUGUUCAGUUGGAUCUUACAGUGACUGGAAAAGAUAUGUGUGCUACAAAGACAAUACAUACUAUCAAAAUAGACUUUCUCAGUAUAGUGGAACCACCCUGACUAUUUAUAAUGUUAAAGAGUCUGACCAGGGUCUCUACUGGUGUAAAGGAAUCCGUUACUCAAGACCCACAUCUUCAUCCAUCAGUAAUUUUGUCACUAUAAGUGUGAAUGCUCUGCCCACAGCUACACUGACAUUAGAUCCAACCUCUCCAUACACUGGAGAGACAGUUACUCUGACCUGUUCAGUGAACUCUGAGAGUAACUGGAGAUAUAACUGGUACAAAGACAGGAUUUAUAUUCCAGUAACCCAGUCUGGCAGACUUUCUAUAAGAGAAAACAGCCUCAUCAUCAGUAGUGUUAUAGUGUCUGACCAGGGUUCCUACCAAUGCCAUGGAUACCUAGAUGACAGAACAGUAUCUACAUCCACCAGUGAUCAGGUCACUAUAACUGUGAAAGCACUGCCUAAUUCUACCCUGACUGUAGAACCAAUCUCUCCGUACACUGGAGAGAAAGUUAAUCUGACCUGUUCUGCUGGAUCUGACAGAGACUGGAGAUAUAAGUGGUACAAUAACAGCAGUAUUAAUGCAGUAACUCAGUCUGACAGACACUCUACAACAGGAGACACCCUCAUCAUCAGUAGAGUUGAAGAGUCUGAUCAGGGUCUCUACUGGUGUCAGGGAGAGAGAGACUCCAGACCCACAUCUACAUCCAUCAGUAAUCAGGUCAUUAUAACUGUGAAGGCUCCUGGAUCCUCUACUUCAUUGCUAGUAGGAGUCGUUGUGGGUCUGGUUGUUGGUGUGUUCCUGUUUGUUCUGCUGGUUCUUGUGUGUCGAUAUAAAAACAGCAAACGUUCCUUUUGUAAUAGAACAUCCUUAUCUCCCCAGACCCAGAUCACCAACCAGGAUCCCCAGCAGGAUCUACUGCAGCAUGGUGGCGCUCACCUCUAUGACACAAUCAAUCCAUCAGACCACAAUGAUAGAGGUGAUGUGACUUAUGCCCUGAUUCAACUCAACCAACUGAAAAAGCAAAAGAAAGGAAAACCAUCUGAUCCAACAGAAAAUCCAGUCUAUUCGGAGGUGCAGACAGAGAACGCAGCAUCUGGACCUGUUGAUGUGACCUAUGCAGAGAUUGACCUCAAUAAGAAGAAGAAGAAGAAGAAGAGAGGAUCAACUCCUCCACCAGAGACAGAACCAGUCUAUUCUGAAGUAAAGCCAAGAAAAGCAGCAUCUGGACCUGUUGAUGUGACCUAUGCAGAGAUUGACCUCAAUAAGAAGACCAAGAAGAAGAAAAAGAGAGGAUCAACUCCUCCACCAGAGACAGAACCAGUCUAUUCUGAAGUAAAGCCAAGAAAAGGUCCUUGAGAGAGAUGAGAAGCAGGAGCCACCUGGGAACAUUUAUGUUUAUACCCACUCUCCAUGUAGACCACAGCAUGUACAGAAGAGUGAACAUGAUGUUUACACCCACUAUUUCAUGUAGAUCACAGCAUGUACAGAAGAAUAAACAUGAUGUUUAUACCUACUCUCCAUGUUGAUCACCACAGCAUGUACAGAAGAGUGAACAUGAUGUUUACACCCACUCUUUCAUGUAGACCACAGCAUGUACAUAAGAGUAAACAUGAUGUUUACACCCACUCUCCA